UCUGACUGCUUCACCAUGCUGCUCUCCUUGGUUCCGCUGCUGCUGCUGAUGGUCAGAGGUUCACAGGCCACUCAUUUUCUUGGCACCAUGAUGACUUACUAUCCAGAGGAGACUCAUGCGGACGGCUCGGUCUCAGUGAUCCUUCGCUACAAGCUGAAUUUUGUCUCGUGCACACAUUCUGAUACAUGGCAGUGUGGUGGAAACUGUGGAACGCAGACCCAGACCCUUGCAUUAUCUGUUGUUGACGAAGUAAGCGGUGAAUGGUGUCAGAGGGAAGGAGCAAUAACUCGUCUGCUCCCCAACAACACUGGAUUUGAGACUGUGUUGGCUGGUGGAGACUGGAUAUCCAACAUACAAAAUGGGAUUGUAAGCUGGAGAGCUGUGACCGACGUUGAAUUGAGAAACCGGUCCGACAAUGGAAAACCCAACACAUCCCCACAGACCACCAUCCUCCCUGCUCUGAGAAUACCUUCAAAUUGUCCCAAAACCAUAAAUUUAUUGGCCUUCGACCCGGAUGGAGACGAAGUUAAAUGCAGAUAUGGAAACACAUCAGAUUCAGAGUGUAACCCAUGCACACCCCCGUCUGUCCUCAGCCUCUCAUCCUCUUGUUCUCUGUCAUUCAACCCAACCAACAGCAGUGCUGAGCUUCCAUACGCGGUCCAGUUGGUGAUGGAGGACUUUCCCACACAGAACAUCACUUUGACUCAAACUAAUGGUUCACAGGAGGUGAAAACUACCAGUGAUGCCAUCAGCAAGAUACCUUUACAGUUCGUUCUGAAAGUGGGUCCUACGGUACCAUCCUGCACAGAAGGUCUCUACUUGCCCAGAUUCCUGUCUCCAACUCCCAGCAACAGAGCUCAGCUCUACACUCCUGCUGGUCAGGCUCUGGAAAUCACCAUCAGAGCGGAGGCCGCUAACAUCACCGGCCUCCUGUACAGUGGGCCUCACAAUAUGGUCAAUGACUCAUCAGGAUCAGGUAACUUCUCUCUGACGUGGACGCCGUCUGCAAGUGAGGAAGGACAGAGCCACCCCGUUUGUUUUGUCGUCCAGUCAAGUGUCUUCGGCACUUUGUAUCACUCUGACCUGCGGUGUGUUAUUGUGACGGUUGGAAACACCCCAAUCACACAACCACCUAUAGUUGUGCCUCCAACUGUACCGUCUACAACAGCAUUAAUAAAUUCCACUAUAUCACCGGCCCUAAAUGUCACAUCCAGACCCACCACCAUGACCCCAGCUGUCAAUGCAACAUUAUUGCCAACCUUUGCAAUCCUAAAUGCAACAGACAGAACAUUGGCUCCAACAUCUGCUCCUGGACCGGAGUAUGUUAUUGCUCUGAACAUAAAGGUCUCUACCACACUUUCACUGGACAGUGAUUCUAAUACCAUCAUUAAUCUGAUUAAAAACAAACUGGUUGAUGAAGGGCUGCCAUCAGACAUAAGUGUCCGCCUCCUGAGCAACAAUCAAGUGGUCGUUACAACAGCGAGUCCCUAGAGCAGCAACAUUAAGAAGAACUGAUCUAAACAGGGAAAUGUAUCUCCAGAAGUCAUGUAUACCUGUUUGUUUGUUUGUUUUUUUGGUAUAUUUUUAAAAUUCUUUUUGCAGUUUAAUUGCAAAAUUAUGCUGUUAUCAGUCAACUUGUAUAUUUUCUAAAUAAAUCAUCAGUGGAUGAAACUGUA